AUGACGGAGGGUUGGAAGACGUUGAUGGCCGAGGCCGAGGCUUUGCUCAAGGUAAGUAAGCACUUUGACGGGGUGCAGAAGAUCAAUUCGUGUAUGGAGCUCUUCGAGACCGAGGUGGGGGGCUCUGGCUCCAGGAUUCUCAAAGAGCCGAACGAGUUCCUGGCGGAUGUCAUGCCCACGCUGUCCGAAGAACAGAAGACCGCUCUGCGCUCGAUGUACGAGGUGCGCGGUGACUUGCUCUUCGGCCUCGGCGCCCUGAAGCGCGCGGAGACCGAGUACGGGUGCGCGGCGGUGCUGGACCCCGGAAGCGAGGAGCUCAAGGCGAAAAGGGCCAAGGUGGUGGCCGCCAACUCCGCGAGCAUGGCGCCGGGCGCAGACAAGAAGGUACCCGUGUCGGUCCUCACGGGCUUCCUCGGGAGCGGCAAGACAACGUUGCUGAACCACAUCCUGCAGGCGAACCACGGCAAGCGCAUCGCGGUGAUCGAGAACGAGUUCGGGGAGGUGGGCAUCGACGACUCGCUGGUGAAGGCCGGCUCUCUGGCGUCCGAGGAGAACAUCGUCGAGAUGAACAACGGGUGCAUCUGCUGCACCGUGCGCGGCGACCUCAUCGCAGGCCUGAAGAAGCUUAUCAAAAAUUCGCAGAAGUCUGGCAGGCUCCUCGACGGAGUGUUGAUCGAGACUACCGGCUUGGCGGACCCCGCGCCUGUUGCACAGACGUUCUUUGCCGACGACUACGUGCAGCAGCACAUGCGCCUGGACGGCAUCCUGACUCUCGUGGACGCCGCGCACAUCAUCCAGCACCUCGACGAUGAGAAGCCAGAGGGCGUUGAGAACGAGGCCGUGGAGCAGAUCGCUUUCGCGGACCGCAUCCUGUUGAACAAGUGUGACUUGGUAGACGGCGAGGAGCAGUUGGCAGAAGUGGAGAGGCGGAUCCGUGCUAUCAACGGAAAGGUGCCCAUCAAGCGGACCACGAACAGCGAGGUCGAGAUGGACUAUAUCCUUGGCAUCCGAGGCUUUUCAUUGGACAAGAUCAUGGAGAUGGACGAUGCGUUUCUGGAGGACGGCCACGACCACCAGCACGACAACCGUGUCUCAUCUGUCGGCAUCGACGUCCCGGGCGAGGUGGUUCAGCAAAAGUUAAACCAAUGGAUCUCGUGGUUGCUCAAGGAGAAGGGUGUGGAUUUGUUCCGUUCCAAGGGCGUUUUGGCAGUAAAGGGGAUGAAGGAGAAGUUUGUAUUUCAGGCUAUCCACAUGCUCUUUGCGAACUCGCAGGAGGGCGCGUGGGGCGAGGAUGAGGAGAAGAGGUGCAAGAUGAUCUUCAUUGGCAAGAACCUGGACAGGGAGGAGCUUACGAGUGGCUUCAUGGCGUGCAUGGCAAAGAUCUGA